AUGGUCUCCUUCAAGUCCCUCCUCACAGCCACCCUGGCUACCGGCGCCGCUGCCGUCCCCUUCAACGCCACCGAGGUCUUUGAAUCCCUCCAGGCCCGGGCUGGGACACCCUCCUCCACCGGCAAUCACAACGGCUACUACUACUCCUUCUGGACCGACAACGGCGGCACCGUCAACUAUCAAAACGGCAACGGUGGCUCCUACUCGGUCAACUGGCAAAACUGCGGCAACUUUGUCGGUGGCAAGGGAUGGAACCCGGGCAAUUCCAACCGCGUGAUCAACUACUCUGGACAAUUCAACCCCCAGGGCAACGGCUACCUCGCCAUCUACGGCUGGACGCGCAACCCUCUGAUCGAGUACUACAUCAUUGAGAGCUUCGGCACCUACGACCCCAGCUCGGGGGCGACCAGGCUGGGUACCUUCAACACUGACGGCGGUACCUACACCAUUGCCAAGAGCACGCGGUACAACCAGCCCAGCAUUGAGGGGACCAAGACGUUUGAUCAGUUUUGGAGCGUGAGGACUUCGAAGAGGGUUGGUGGGAGUGUCAAUGUUGGGAACCACUUCAAGGCGUGGGCGGAUAAGGGGUUGAGGUUGGGGAGCCAUGAUUACCAGAUUGUGGCUACCGAGGGGUAUCAGAGUUCGGGGUCGGCUUCGAUCACUGUUUCUUAG